AUGGAUCAUUGGCUUUUAGAAAAGAGAGCAUGGGAUCGAAAAUUUAUUCCAUCAGAACGUAUAGUGUGGGUGGAUGUUGAAGCAGUCUCUCUUUCUACUUGGAGUAAAGAGUCAUUUAAAAAAAUUCUCUCUAAAUGGGGAACAAUAGCACAGUUAGAUGAUGACCUAGGAGAAGAUAUUUACAAGAAUAGGAUUUACAUACUUACAACUAUCCAAACUAUCAUUUCAGAAGUAAUCAAAGUCCGUGUUGGUGGGAUUAUACAUUUGAUUAGGGUCAAAGAAGCUCGAGGGUGGACCCCACCCUUUGUUCAUGUCUUUCAUGCUCCUGAUAUGGUCGAGAGUGAACUACAAGAGACUAAACAAAACGAAGAAAACUCUUACUGCUCUGAAAGGAAUGAGGAGGUUUCAUCGGAUCCUUUUAGUAUUUAUGGUGCUAUUGAAAAAAUGAAAAAAGAUGUGGUCAAAAAUGAUAUUCAUAAAGGAUUUAGUAGCUAG